AACGAGGAAAAUGGAACAAGAAAUAAGAGCUGUUGUUCUGGGGUGGCAGAAAUCUGACAAAGCCUCAGUGAUAAACAGCAUUUUAGGUGAUAAAGUUGAGCCGGAUAAAUACUUCGUCAAAUCUGUGAGGAAAGAUGGUGAAGUGAAUGGAAGGAAGAUAUCUCUGAUUAAUACUCCAUGUUGGUGGGAGAAUUAUGAUUUGCGAGACUUACCAGAGGUUGUUAAACAAGAGCUGGUUUGCAGUGUUUUCAUGUGUCCACCAGGACCUCACGUCUUUCUGCUGGUCAUUAAUCUCAGUUUGCCUUUUACUGAAGAAAACAGACUCACCAUCGAGAAGCACCUUAGUCUCUUCGGUGAGAAAAUCUGGAGACACACCAUAGUGUUGCUUACACAAACAGAUUCAGUGAGGAGCGCAGAUCUUCAACGGAUCAUACAGAGAUGUGGUGAAAGAUAUCAUGUCUUUGAUUUUGAAAAUAAAAGUGUUGGAGUCAAAGAUCUACUUGAGAAGAUCGAUAAUGUUGUGGCAGCAAACAAUGCAAAUCAUUUUGAAACACAUGAUGAUGUGCUGCUUGAUAUUCAGAGAAAGAGGGAUGAAAAUGAAAGAAGAGCAAAAGCCAGACAAGAAACAGUUCAGGAAAAAAGAGACCUACUGAAAGAAAUAAGUAAGUCAUACAGAAAUGUUUAUACCAGUCAAAAGUUUGGACUGGAUUUAUGUUAA